GUUGCGUUGCAAAAAAAAAAAAAUCCUGGCUAGGUAGCCUUGGGCCUUUUCUGUGCUAGAGAAUCUAAAGGCGACAGAGGCUUCUGCAACUGAAGGGACAGUCGGGUAGUACUAAACUUAAGAUAUAUGUAACGCCCGCCCUGGUUCACAGAAGUGUGGGCUUAGGGGUGAGGAAAGGGCCUUCGCGUUGAGAGCCGUAGAGUGUACAACCACUAGCUUCGGCAGCAGGCGUUUUGGGAGACUCGUCCUGUUUUCUGCGCAGUGCUGUCCUGGUUACUGACUGGUUUAAACACGACCCCCUUAACAAUAUUGGUAAACCUUGGAAACCCGCAGCCCCUCCCUUCAGCGUGUAGGGGCCGCCAGCGCGCCCAGCAGCUCGUCUCCCCUAGCGCACGUCCUGAGGAGCCCGGCGCGUGCAGCGUCCCCACCCCCUGGGCUCCCUCCCCACCUCCGGCUUGCACGCACUCGCAGUGAUUGUUUUGCCCGCUCCCGCCGUCGCCGCCGCUGCCGCCGCCGCCGCCGCGGCCGCCAGAGGAGCAGCAGCGCUUGUGCAAACCGGGAAGAUGGCGGCCGGCGGCGGCGGAGGCAGCAGUAAGGCCUCCUCCUCGUCGGCCUCUUCGGCAGGGGCUCUGGAGUCCUCGUUGGAUCGAAAAUUCCAGUCGGUAACCAACACCAUGGAAUCCAUUCAAGGCCUGUCGUCUUGGUGUAUAGAGAACAAGAAACACCACAGUACUAUCGUCUACCAUUGGAUGAAGUGGCUCCGGAGAUCUGCAUAUCCCCAUCGUUUGAACCUCUUUUACCUUGCCAAUGAUGUCAUACAGAAUUGUAAAAGGAAAAAUGCAAUCAUAUUCCGUGAAUCGUUUGCUGACGUACUUCCUGAAGCAGCUGCUCUAGUGAAGGAUCCGUCUGUCUCUAAGUCUAUAGAACGAAUCUUUAAAAUUUGGGAAGAUAGAAAUGUUUACCCAGAAGAAAUGAUUAUGGCACUGAGAGAAGCUCUAAGUACCACUUUCAAAACUCAGAAGCAGCUGAAAGAAAAUCUGAACAAACAACCGAAUAAGCAGUGGAAGAAAUCACAAACAUCCAUGAAUCCAAAAGCUGCUCUCAAGUCUAAAAUAGUUGCUGAAUUUCGAUCUCAGGCCCUCAUUGAAGAGCUAUUGCUAUACAAGCGCUCAGAAGAUCAGAUAGAAUUGAAGGAGAAACAGUUGUCAACUAUGAGAGUAGAUGUAUGCAGCACAGAAACUCUAAAGUGCUUAAAAGAUAAAACAGGAGGGAAGAAGUUCUCCAAAGAAUUCGAAGAAGCAAGCUCUAAGCUGGAGGAAUUUGUAAAUGGUUUGGAUAAGCAGGUGAAAAAUGGGCCCUCACUAACAGAAGCACUGGAAAAUGCUGGAAUUUUCUAUGAAGCACAGUACAAAGAAGUAAAAGUGGUGGCUAAUGCAUAUAAAACCUUUGCUAAUCGAGUAAACAAUUUAAAGAAGAAGUUGGAUCAGUUGAAGUCAACCCUUCCUGAUCCUGAAGAAUCACCAGUUCCUUCUCCAAGUAUGGAUGCUCCCUCCCCAACCGGUUCUGAGUCUCCGUUUCAGGGAAUGGGAGGUGAAGAAUCACAGUCACCAAUCAUGGAGAGUGAAAAAUCUGCCACACCUGAACCUGUGACAGAUAAUCGUGAUGUAGAAGACAUGGAACUAUCAGAUGUGGAAGAUGAUGGGCCAAAAAUCAUUGUGGAGGACAGAAAGGAAAAAUCUAUGGAGAAAUCAGCUAUCUCCACUUCUGCACCUAUAAAGCCAACAGAAAGUGUCUCAAAGGCCUCUUCAUGUGCCUCUGUGCCUGUGACCAUGACAGCAACUCCACCUCUCCCAAAGCCUGUGAAUACUUCUCUUCUGUCCCCUUCCCCAGCUUUGGCUUUGCCAAACCUGGCUAAUGUGGAUCUGGCAAAGAUCAGUUCCAUCCUUAGCAGCCUGACAUCAGUUAUGAAAAAUACUGGGGUCAGUCCUGCAUCAAGACCUUCUCCAGGAACUCCUACCAGUCCCAGCAACCUCACCAGUGGCUUGAAAACACCUGCACCUGCCACGACAACAUCUCACAACCCUUUGGCAAAUAUCCUCUCGAAGGUGGAGAUCACCCCAGAGAGCAUUCUGUCUGCUCUUUCCAAAACCCAGACACAGUCAGCCCCUGCACUGCAAGGUCUGUCAUCUUUACUUCAGAGUGUUACUGGGAACCCAGUUUCAGCCACUGAAGCUGCAUCCCAGAGCACUUCAUCCUCCCCUGCCAACACCACAGUCUCUACCAUAAAGGGAAGAAAUCUUCCCUCUAAUACCCAAUCUUUUAUUCCCAAAACUUUCAACUAUUCUCCUAAUUCAUCAACUUCUGAAGUCUCUUCAACUUCAGCCAGCAAAGCAUCAAUUGGGCAAAGCCCAGGGCUCCCAAGCACUACUUUUAAACUUCCAUCCAACUCCAUAGGGUUUACAGGCACCCACAAUACUAGCUCUGCUGCUCCACCUACUGAAGUUGCUAUGUGCCAAUCUUCAGAGGUCUCCAAGCCAAAGCUGGAGUCAGAGUCCACCUCCCCAAGCCUGGAAAUGAAGAUCCACAACUUCUUAAAAGGUAAUCCUGGUUUCAGUGGCUUAAACUUAAACAUCCCAAUCCUGAGCAGUUUGGGGUCCAGUGCCCCAUCAGAGAGCCAUUCCUCAGACUUCCAGCGUGGCCCUACUAGCACCUCAAUUGACAACAUUGAUGGAACCCCUGUACGGGAUGAACGGAGUGGGACACCCACCCAGGAUGAGAUGAUGGACAAGCCCACAUCCAGCAGUGUAGAUACUAUGUCCCUGCUUUCUAAGAUCAUUAGCCCUGGUUCCUCAACACCCAGCAGUACAAGAUCACCACCCCCUGGGAGAGAUGAAAGCUAUGCCCGGGACCUCUCCAAUUCUGUCUCUUCAUAUCGACCCUUUGGCCUGGGCAGUGAAUCUCCCUAUAAGCAGCCUUCUGAUGGAAUGGAGAGAUCAUCUUCCCUGAUGGACUCUUCACAGGAAAAGUUUUUUCCAGAUACUUCUUUCCAAGAAGAUGAAGAUUACCGAGAUUUUGAGUAUUCAGGGCCUCCACCCUCUGCCAUGAUGAACCUAGAGAAGAAACCAGCCAAAUCUAUCCUGAAAUCAAGCAAGCUUUCUGAUGCCACUGAGUACCAGCCAAUUCUGUCCAGUUAUAGCCACAGGGCCCAAGAAUUUGGGGUAAAGUCUGCUUUCCCUCCAUCUGUAAGGGCCCUCCUGGACUCUAGUGAAAACUGUGACCGUCUCUCAUCUUCCCCUGGGCUCUUUGGUGCCUUCAGCAUAAGAGGGAGUGAACCUGGGUCUGACCGGUCACCAUCACCGAGUAAGAAUGAUUCAUUUUUCACCCCUGACUCCAACCACAAUAGCUUGUCUCAGUCUACCACUGGGCAUCUCAGUUUGCCACAGAAGCAGUACCCAGACUCUCCUCACCCAGUCCCACAUCGUUCCCUUUUCUCUCCGCAGAAUACCCUUGCCGCUCCCACGAGCCACCCACCCACAUCAGGCAUGGAGAAAGUCUUGGCCUCCACCAUUUCCACCACAUCGACGAUUGAGUUUAAGAAUAUGCUUAAAAACGCCUCACGCAAGCCCUCAGAUGAUAAGCAUUUUGGCCAGACCCCCAACAAGGGCACUUCAAGUGAUGGUGUCAGUCUCUCAAACCUCACUCAGCCCAGCUUGACCGCCACUGAUCAGCAGCAACAAGAAGAGCACUACCGCAUAGAAACCCGCGUCUCCUCCUCCUGCUUAGACUUGCCUGAUAGCACAGAAGAAAAGGGUGCCCCUAUAGAAACUUUGGGUUAUCAUAAUGCAGCCAAUAGGAGGAUGUCAGGGGAGCCAAUUCAGACAGUAGAGUCCAUCCGAGUUCCUGGGAAGGGAAAUAGAGGACACGGGCGUGAGGCUUCAAGGGUGGGUUGGUUUGAUCUGAGCACCUCAGGCAGCUCAUUCGACAAUGGUCCCUCAAGUGCCUCUGAGUUGGCAUCCCUUGGGGGUGGGGGCAGCGGAGGCCUCACUGGCUUUAAAACAGCAGCAUACAAGGAACGGGCACCCCAAUUUCAGGAGAGUGUCAGCAGCUUUCGUUCCAACAGUUUCAACUCAACAUUUGAGCAUCAUCUCCCCCCAUCCCCCUUGGAACAUGGGACACCCUUCCAGAGAGAGCCAGUGGGGCCAUCAUCUGCCCCACCUGCCCCUCCUAAGGAUCAUGGUGGUAUCUUCUCUCGAGAUGCGCCCACUCAUCUACCCUCUGUGGAUCUUUCGAACCCCUUCACCAAGGAGGCGGCCCUGGCCCAUGCUGCCCCACCGCCUCCUCCUGGAGAGCACAGCGGAGUACCUUUCCCAACCCCACCCCCUCCGCCACCCCCUGGGGAGCAUAGCACUGGUGGGAGUGGUGUCCCCUUUUCUCCAGCCCCUCCUCCACCCCCUGUUGACCACUCUGGGGUUGUGCCCUUCCCAACCCCACCACUGGCAGAGCAUGGAGUGGCAGGGACUGUGGCAGUAUUUCCCAAGGACCACAGUUCCCUCCUUCAAGGGACCCUGGCUGAGCAUUUUGGGGUUCUCACAGGACCCAGGGACCAUGGGGGCCCUACCCAGCGGGACCUCAACGGCCCUGGCCUUAGCCGUGUACGUGAGAGCCUGAGCCUACCCUCCCACUCUCUGGAGCACCUGGCCCCAAUCCAUGGAGGAGGAGGUGGGGGAGGCAGCAACAGCAGCAGUGGCCUCCCCUUGGGUCCCUCACACAGAGACGCCAUCAACCGGAGUGGUAUGAUUUUACGGAGUCCCCGGCCAGACUUUCGGCCUAGGGAACCUUUUCUUGGCAGAGACCCAUUCCACAGUUUAAAGAGACCCAGGCCACCUUUUGCUAGGGGCCCUCCGUUCUUUGCACCAAAACGCCCUUUCUUCCCUCCCAGGUACUGAUGGAAACCAAGGGAAAGGCAUUUUGAACAGUCUAGAGAGCUUUGGAAGUAGUAGUUGGGUUUAUUGUUAUUGUUUUUAUUUGUUUUCCCUCUCUUGUUUUUUUAUGAAGGGUCUCCCUUCCAAAUUAAAAAGUCAUACAUGCUUACAUUUUACAAUUCCAUCCAGUCCUGUCUCCCACUGCACUUAUUACCUUCCCCAAGUUGUUUGUAUUAAAAAAAAAAAAAAAGUAUACACAACCAAAGCCAUUUCAUUUGGCUGGGGGCUUGGGGAGUGGGGAGGAAAACAAUAUUCUGUCCCAUCUAUUGGAGAGUAUUACUACAUUUGAAAUAAAACUUCCAUCAGUACAGAUAAUAACGUGCAAUGUUGGGGUGUUAUUUGGGGCUUGACCUGUCAGUAGUCAACAGAAGGGUCUCUCUCCCCUUCCUCCUCCAACUAAGCAACUGUAGUGACCAACUUGGCUCCCUUCCUUGUAUCUGUGUGCUCUGCUGACAGACAAGAGCUGUUGUAAGGGAGAAAUGUGGGAGACCUUGGGCCUGUCAGGUUUGUUUUGUUCUUAAAGGCAUGUUGAAAUUGAGUUCUUUACCCUUCUAAAAUUAAAAAAAAAUUUUUUUUUUAGAUCCACCCUCUUUCUCUGAACUACUAUCAGGCAGUAACUUUGAGGUAGUACAAACUUCAUUCUGUCAUAGUAGAAAGCUUUCUCUUUGUCCUUGCAGUGAAAGUGUGGGGGCUGAAUAUAAUUUGAAGUUUAAAAUAAGGAGUGACUGCAGACAUUUAAAGCUAAGAAAGUAAUCAUUAGUGGUGUGAUGUAACCUGACUAUCCUUUGUAAAUGAGAGAAAACAGGAAACGUUUUGAAGUAGUUUCCACAUAUCUUAUAUUAAACCCUUGCUUCCUCCUGUUUCUCUUCCCUGACUUUUUUUUUUUUUUUCUCCUUCAGUUUCCACUUCUAUUUUGGCUAAAAAGUUACCACAGUUGACAAUUGAUACAAAGAUGCAACUGAUAUAUCCCUGCGUUUUAAUUAUAAGAAGUAAACAUUGAUUUUACCAUGGUGCCUCCCUACUGUGAUCCUUGGUGGUGGUUUUCAGUAAAUGUUUAACUAUUAGAGAAAGGAAAAUACUUGUCUUUGUGUUCCUUUCCCCCUUGUCUCAGUCUGUAUUCACCCUAUUCUCAGUAGUUCAAGGGAGGAAAUGCAGUAGUAUCUUCUAUUGUACCCCUUUAGGUAUGUGUUAGAAACAGGCGGGUAUUGUACUUCAUGUCUUUGUAGGGAAACAAAAGGACCUCAUCAAUCCAAAUUGACCCCACUCUGCAGAUAACAGCCUGAUACAUUGUUCAAAGGUCAAGCCUUGGAUAAGUCCCCACCUCCCACCCCCAACUGGUAUAAAGAAUAUUUCUGCCCUUAGUCAUUUUACACUCGAGAGAAGUUCUUUCCUUCUCGCUGAAUUAAAAAUCUUGUUUGUAUUUCUACAUCUAAUACUUGGGAAAAGAGACAAUCACUGUACUUUGUUUAUAUCUUUGUAUCUAGCGAUAACUGAAAAGCAAAUACUGCUUACUGCAAGUUUUUUUAUUUAGUGUUUUACCCCAAGGUACACACUGAUAAUCUCUGACUAAAUAAGCAAAACAGUGUUUUUUUUUUUUUUUAAGGAAUCCUAACAAGUUUCAUAUUUUCUCCCAAGUUAGUAUAGAACUAACUAUAGGGAAAUACAAGAGUUGCUUUGGAUUUCUCCAGUGGCAUAAAAGAUGGAAGAAAGUGAGCAGAAGAUGAUGAGAGAGUAGUGACAGAAGAUCAUUCUUUGUCUCAGAAUAAACCUGCUUUUCAGAGAAAGUAGCCUAAACUAGGUGUGCAUCCUAGCUUGAGAGUUUUGUGUAACAUAUUUCAUGUUAUUUAUUUGAGCUCACCUUGUGUUCUGUUAGGGUGCAGCAAAUCAUUCAUCUUCCUAAAGCAUAUCUGGUCUUAAGCCAGCUGUUCUUCCUUUGACCCUCUUCAAGUCUCUCUGCCCUGUAGCUCUCCCCAGAAAAAUGCAUGAUACCAUGACCUGUGUGUAAGUAGGGUAUAUAGUAUAGCAAAGUCAAGAAAGUAUAGUUACAUUGAGUACUAAAACAUUAGUUUUAAAAAAAAAAAAAA